GUACGACGGCUUAAACCUACGGGUUAGGUUAACACUAAAUUUAUAAUCUUUAUAAUAUCGGGAACUAAAUCUAGAAAAUAGUAUAGAACUAGAUCUAGGCUUUAAUAAUUUAUUUAUUAAAAUGGCACAUGAAGAUAUUUUUGUAUUUUUUCAUAUGGAAAUGGUAGAUUUUAUUCAUAGAGAAGCAUCUUUAUCCAAAGAUAAUACACAAAAGGAAAAGUGGAUAUCAAAACUCGAAACUCUAGGUUAUCAUGUUGGACAAAGACUUAUUGAGAGAUUUACAAAAGAAUCUUCCCAUUUUAAAGAUGAACUUGACGUUAUAAAGUUUAUUUGUAAAGAUCUUUGGAAUUACAUUUAUAAAAAACAAGUUGAUAACCUUAGGAAGUACCAACAGGGAGUUUAUGUUUUACAAGACAACAAAUUCACUUUACUUGUUCAGAUGUCUACUGGUAUUCAGUAUAUGGAAUCAGCAGCUCAAUACUUGGCAUUUCCAUGUGGAUUAAUUAGAGGUGCCCUGUCAAAUCUUGGUGUAAAUUGCAUAGUAACAGCUCAAGUGAGUGCUAUCCCUGCCUGCAAAUUUCAAAUACAGAUUCAAAAAACAUGAUAAGUAAAAAAAAAAAAUAAA